CAAGAGGUAUGUAUUUUCGUCAGUACCCUACACCUCUUGUUGCUUUGCUUCAUUCUCAAUCUUCAGAGCCAAGCAAAUGUAGAGAAACCCAGGUAGGAAAUGGACCCUCAAAGCCCAUAGUUGAGGAUGCCUUGAAGGUGUUCGAUGAAAUGCUUCACAGGCGUCCUCUGCCGUCUGUUGUCCGCUUCAAUCAACUCUUGGGCCAACUUGCCAAACAGAAACACUAUUCUGCAGUCCUCUCUUUGAAUAGGCAAAUGGGUCUCAUCGGAAUCUCUUCUGAUGCCUAUACUCUAACCGUUGUCAUCAAUUGCUACUGCCAUUUGAACCAAAUGGGGUUUAGUUUGUCUAUCUUGGGACAUUUCUUUAAAUUGGGUCUUCAACCAAGUGUCUUCACCUUCAACACUCUAAUAAACGGAUUUGUUCUCGAGAAUCAAGUGGCUGAGGCAGCACGACUUUUCAGCAAAAUGGUGGAGCAAGGUGGUAACUGUCCGCCGGAUGUGGUUACUUUCAACACACUAAUAAAGGGCUUUUGCAUGAUUGGAAACAACAGGGCAGCUAUUCAAUUACUUGGGAAGAUGGAAGAAAGAGGAUGCGAGCCUGACAGAGUUGCCUAUAGCACCAUCAUCGACAGUCUUUGUAAGGAUACACUAGUUGAUGAAGCAUGGAACCUCUUCUCAGAAAUGAUUGGUAGAGGUAUUGCUCCAAACGUUGUUACUUACAACUCUUUGAUUCAAGGAGUUUGCAAUAUAGGCCAGUGGAAAGAAGCUACAAGGUUGUUGAAUGAAAUGGUGAGUCAAAAUAUCUUUCCAGAUGUUUUCACCUUCAACGUCUUGGUUGAUGCACUUUGUAAGGAGGGGAUGGUCGCGGAAGCCAAAAGUGUGGUUGAGAUGAUGAUUCAAAGGCAUAUUGAGCCUGAUACGGUUACAUACAACUCACUUUUGGACGGUUACUGUUUGCGAGGAGAAAUGGACGAGGCGAAACAAGUUUUUGAUCUUAUGAUUAGCAAGGGCUCCAUGGUUGAUGUUCAGAGUUGUAACAUAUUUAUUAACGGGUAUUGCAAGGGUAAAAUGAUCGAUAAGGCUUACAAUAUUUUCAGGGAAAUGCCUCUUAGGGGACUUGUUCCUGAUAUCGUUACUUAUAACACUCUUAUUGAUGGUUUUUGUAAAGCGAGGAGACUACAAGAAGCAGAAAAGUUGUUCUCCGAGAUGCAAGGUUGUGGCCAACAUCCAGAUAUUCGAACUUAUGCUGUUUUACUUGAUGCCCUAUGUAGCAACCAGCAACUUUCAAAGGCAAUAGAAUUGCUUAGAGAGAUGAAGGAUAAGAAGUUGGAACUAAAUAUUGUAGUUUACACUAUUAUCAUUGAAGGUUUGUUGAAAGCUGGGAAAGUUGAAUCUGCAACAGAGGUCUUCUCUAGUUUGUCAUCAAAAGUAGUUCAGCCUAAUGUGUGGACAUACAAUGUAAUGAUUAGGGGACUUUGUAACGGUGGCCUCUUAGUUGAAGCAGAAAAGUUGUUUAGAGAAAUGAAACAAAAAGGCUGUUCUGCUGAUGGCUGUACCUAUAACACAAUUAUCCGGGGGUUUAUCAUUAAUAAUGAAGCAUCAAGGGCUAUGGGACUUAUGCAAGAAAUGGCCGAGAGGGGUUUCUCUGCAAAUGCAUCAACUAUGGAAUUGAUAGUUAAUUUAUUGUCUAAGGAUAGAGUAGAUCCCGCUUUGUUGCCAUUGUUGAAAAAUUCAUGAUAAAGUUAAUUUGAAGAUUUGAAGCAGAACUUUCUUAGUACGACAGUAAGAUUUAAGACUGCUGCACCUUUGACAACCUUGCAUGUAUCAAUCCUCCAUUUGAUAACCCGAUGUCAUUCGCUUGUUGUUAUAUCCUUAUUUGAAAUCCCAUUGCUAUUGUUGUGUUCGAAAUGAAAACCGCAAGCUGCCAGAGAUUUGGUGCAAUACUCAAUUUUUAUUUACAUAACUGAAGACUGCAUCGAUAAGUGCAGGGAUAAUAAGCACAUUAGUGGCAGUAUCUUUUGUUCUCAUUCUGGCAAGGCAAAUGAAAAUUGCUAUGUAAUUAUUAUUAUUUUCUAGUGAGUUUGUGUUUGAAACUUUGGUCCGGAUUACAGGUAAUUUCCAUGUAAACAAACUUGAGUGAUUCUCGUUCGAUUGUAAAAUAGGUGCCUGUACCUAUGAUCAAGUCGAUUAUUAUCCAUCACUACCAAUACAACUAGAAGUGAACUCAGAUGGAGUCAGCCACUUCUUGUUGUGGAUGUUAGCCUGCACCAAACUUUUCUUUGAACAAUUCCUUUGGCCUUAUUUCGGGAAAGCAGCAGUUUCUGGAGGCCUUGAUUUCAU